UCUUACCUUGCUCAAGUAGCACUAGAAAGGUUACAACAGAUGGGAUCCCAGUGGAUAACCAUAUCACACACUUGAACGCACACCAAUUACUCGCACGAACUGUUUUCUCAAGGUACAUGUGAGGAAACAGGUCUGAGCAGAGAGUAACAGACAUUUGACAAGAGGACCUGUGUUAAGACCGAGAGACAAGCUCAUUUUAAGGCAGAGUUUUACUAAAGAAAAGACCACUUUGUGAAUCUGUCUGCAGGAAAGGCCAACAGCUCCAGAGAGAAGAUGCAUCUGAAAGUUGCGUUGUCCCUGUUAGUAGCUGUGUGUGUGUGGCGAGUGGACGUGUGUGUGUGUUUCCCCAAUGGCUCGGUGGCAAUCUCCUGUGGCAGCAUGAUGCCUGUACACCCACCCUUCACUCCCUCUGCCACUGUCCCACCAGUCACAGUGUCCACCUCCAGUGCCACUUACAGGCCAGGUGAAGUCAUUACAGUGACUGUGGAGGUGAUGAAGAACAGCUCCACAGAGUUCCAGGGUUUCCUGUUACAGGCCAGGAGCAAGAAGCAACAAACUGUGUUGUGGCCUCUGGGGAAGUUCACCAACAUUGACAGCACCCAGUUCACUGCACUGGACUGUAAAGACAUGAAGAACUCAAGUGUCAGUCAGGCAUCUGGAGUCAAGAAGAGGAAAGUCCAGCUGACCUGGGAGGCACCUAGCAACAGUAACUAUGGAGAUAUCUACUUCAGUGCCACUCUGAUCCAGGACUACACAACGUUCUGGGUUCAGCUGAACAGCAGCUCUGUGAGACUGAACAGCACUGGGAGCUCUGCAGCUGGAGUGUUCUCCUGUUCAGCUCUGCUCUUCAUCAGCCUGCUGAGUCUAUCUGUCUACUGCUGAUACAAAAGCAAACACACCUUAUGCAGAAGUCCCUCUUGAUAUACAGUGAUCAGCCACAACAUUAAAACCACUGACAGGAGAAUUAAAUAACAUUGACCAUCCUGUGACAAUUCAGUGUUCUGCUAGGAAACGUUUGGACCUGGCAUUCAUUCAUGUAGAUGUUACUUAGACAUGUACCUCCACCCCAUAGCAAUGACAGCAGGAUGCAGCCUGACACACACACAUAAAAAAUAAGAACAACUAGUAAGUAAGUAUAUUUCUAAAGGUGCUAGUGACAUGGAAGUUUUAUGACAUGUAAUUAACAGAUUAGAUAAUGUGUAAUCUAUUUCUUUCCAUGUGUGCAUUACCUGAGUUGUUGCCAACAUCAGGUGAAAAUGUCAAAAGCACCUUUAAAAAUACAUUUACUGACAAAAAUGGUGACGUGCUCAACAGAAAAUCUUACGUGUAAACAAACCAGUAGCUCAUUAUUCCAAAUGUUUUCUUCACUAAGCUUAACUUCUGUAGGUAGAAGUGACUGGUGUUGAAAAUGUGCUAGUUUGUACUUUAUGCCAAGUUUCCCAUAGAAACGUGAUCAACUGAGAGUUUUGAGAUUUCAGUUCACAUUAGUGAUUUAUCGUCGCAUCAAAAUACUGAAGAUUGUAAUAAAAUAACUGAAUGGUU